UGUCAGAGUCUUGAAGGGGGUAAAAAAAACACCUUUCAAAGGCUACUUAAAUUAAGAAAAUGAACGUUUCUAUCACUCACACAGUUCCUAAGAAACAUGAAGAACACAAAGUUGUCAUGAGGCAACGAGUUUAUGACUACCUGUAUGAUCCAGUUUACACAGUGUCAUCCGAGGUAGACCAUGCCAGGUCCAGCCUCAAGGCCUACGCCUCAAAGCACCGAAUUAGGAGAGUGCCUGAAUUUGGGUCCAUGUUCAGUAACCUGCAUCACCACCCACGCUAUACUUUUCAACUGGACUCUGCAGACCCUGUACCUACUUUUAUUGAUCGUCGCUGGCGAGGCCACACAGAGCAGCGCAGAGAAGCACUGCAGCAGCUGGCUGGGGUUAUCCAAAACGACACGUUAUGUCUGACGAGGGAGGAUUGCCAUGUGACCGGAGCAGACCGCUGGAAAUAUUUUAAACGCCCCAUGAUCCACUCCUUACAGCAACUUCCCCCAGAUGUUUUUUUCACUUUGCCAAAAGGGGAAUUUGAAUCCACUGGUUUGAAGAAAGCUGAGCGACAGCCCACUCACUGCACUGUGGGGGUUCAGACCGACUACAGGGAAAGUGAAUCACAGACAGACCCGUACAGCCCUGAGUAUGUGGUACGACCCGGGACAACCCCCUCAGAGCUUCUGCGACUGGCAGCUUUGACCUGGGGUCGAGGUCUGCCUGCAGGGCUGGCAGAGGUGGAGAUGAUACAGCGGGCCCGUGCCAGACGAGUUUGGGAGGCCUCACUUCCUCCAUUGGAUGACAUCAGUCAGCUGGACAAAAGGAGACGCAUGAUGGAAGGGAUGGAGGUCGAAGUGUGGGAGUUCAGAGAAGGGGAAAUCAAGAAGUUGCAGGAGGCUCGUCUCGCUGUGCUGAAGGACCUCGUGAAGCAGCGAGACGAGACCCAGAAAGAGAUCACAAGUGAGAGACUGAACCAGAUACAUUCUAAGCACCUAAAAGAAAAGGAGGCCAAGCUGAACAAGAUCCACAAGGACUACCUCAGGUCGAUGAGAAAACUGGAAGCCAAGAGGAGAAAUCUGGAAGGGAGGCGAGAGCAAC